AUGGCGAGCGAGCGAGCGCGCGAGGAGGGCGAAAAACCGCGAUACGGCCUGGGCGAGGGGCCGUACGCGCUGAACGAGGACGACACGGCGAAAGACCCGGUGGCGUUUCGAGAGGCGCUGCUCGAGGACCAGGAAAAGCUGAAGGACAUCGAGCGCGACGAGGCGCUGGCGAAGGCGCUCCUGGGCGAGGACACGGGCGCGAUGCAGGAGGCGUUGAAAAAGCUGGUGGCGAUCGCGCGACACCAAGCCGAGCAAGACUCGAAUUACGACAUGAACUCGAGCGACAUCAUGCGCGCGCGGUGCACGGUGCCGAGAGACCCGACGGUGCUGUAUCAAGGCAUGCUCAAGGCUGGAUUGCAAUACGGGCCGUCGUUCAGGUUACUGAGCCAGGUUUGGGUUCCCGAGGCGUUGGAUCGAGAGCAACGCGAAGGCGGCGGCGCGUCGUGA